AUGGCUGACAAAAAUGUAUUAUCUCAGAUGGAUGAUUUGAUGGCGGAACUUGGUAUUCUUGGUGAUCAAGAUGGUACCAAACCAGAGGGUAAUGGAUUGGCAGCGAGUGGUAAUCAAGCACCAAAGUCGAAUUUCCUUUCUUCUGGACCUGGAUUUGCGAAACCACAGAUGACUCAACAAUCGGGUCUUACAACAGUUGGAAUUUCAUCGCAACCAAUCUCACUGGCGAAUGUUACACCGGAUGGACGUACCGUCAAAGCGACCGGUCCACCUUGCGCACACUGCGGUGAAAUGAUUAUCGGUAUCUCAACGAAUGCUCUCGGUAAAUCGUAUCACCCAGAGCAUUUCGUUUGUGCCUACUGUCACCAGCCGUUCAAGGGCGGUUACAUCGAGCACGAAGACAAGCUCUACUGUGACACCGACUACAACGAACUGUUCAGUCCACGUUGUUCGUCGUGUCAGAAACCAAUCGAAGAGUCUUGUAUCACAGCUGUUGGUAAUCGUUAUCAUCCCGAUUGCUUCUGUUGCAGUGGUUGUGGAACACUACUCAAGGGUAAGCCAUACAAAGAGGAGGAUGGCGAGGUCUAUUGUACGACCUGCAAGAUUGCAAGACAAAAGAGAUUGGCAUCGUCACAACAGAUCUGUGCCAAAUGUAAAUUACCAAUCACCGGAGAAUAUAUUACACUAGGUGGACAACCACUUCACUCUGAACAUUACCGUUGUGAAGAAUGUGGUUGUGAAUUCAAAGGAAAAUCAUGUCAUGAAUAUGAAGGUCGUCUCUAUUGUUAUGAAGAUUAUCAAAAGCAAAUUAGAAAUAUUUGUGGUAGUUGUUCAAAACCAAUUGUUGGUCGUUCAGUAACUGCUUUGGGUAAAGUUUGGCAUCCAGAACAUUUUACAUGUAAUACAUGUUCAGUACCAUUUGCAGGUAGUUCAUUUAGAGAGCAUCAAGGUAAAGCGUAUUGUGAGACACAUUAUCAUCAAUAUUUCGGAAGACUCUGUGUCAAGUGUAAUAAACCAGUCAUCGAUAAGGGAGUUGACGCGUUUGGAAAGAUUUAUCAUCGUGAGCAUUUCACUUGUACAGGUUGUGAUUCGCUACUCGGCAAAGAGGUCAUGGAUUGGGAUGGAAAGCCAAUGUGUUUCAAAUGUUUCGAAGCACUACCUAAAGACGUCAAGAAGAGAAUCAAACAAAAGAAGCAUGGUGACAAGAAGUCUGCAACCGAGCGUGAGAAACUAGCAAAGAAAGAAGCAAAAGAGAAAUUAAAACAACGUGAAAAAGAGAAAGCAGAAGCAGAAAAAGCAGAGAAAGAAAAAAAGAGAUAA